AAGCAUCACGACUGCAAAGAUGGCAUCGGCUUUCCACGUGUUCUUCCUCCUUUGUGGGAUCAGUGGAUUGGUGGCUGGAUCUUGGUAUGAGAGAACAGUGAGAGUUCCUUCAUGUCCAAAGAAUUUUACUCGAGUAGAUGACCGCUGCUUCCGUUUUAUACACGAAGAGAGGACUUUUGAGGAUGCAGAGUUAGUCUGCAACGCUCUUGGAGGGAAUCUGGCAUCUGUCAUAAGCGCUGUGGAAAAUGAAAUCAUUCUAGAGCUGGCCAGAUCUGAUCCGCCGCAACUUACCUGGAUUGGAUACAAUGACAUAGCCAUGGACACAACCUUUGUGUGGACGGACGGCACAGACCCAGGAUUUACUAACUGGGAGACUGUUGCACCUGUUAAUGCUACUGAGAACUGCGUGUUGAUAAACGGCAAUGGUGACUUCUGGGACGAUGAAGAAUGCGGGGAAGACCAUUACUUCGUUUGUGUGGCGUGUCCCCAUUAGGCCAGCCAUGGUGAACUCUGGAACAAUAAGGGACUGAGGAACUAUAAGAUGUCAGUGGUGUCUUUGUGUUUCUGGAUUUCCAACAAAGUCUUUUCUUCUUCUGCAACACUGUUAAGUUGUUAUUGAUUGCUACUAGUCAAACACAUUUGGAAUCUUACAUCCCUCUAAUAAAUGAAGGAAU